GACAAAAACAAACGAACAGGGAAGAGAGAGAGAAAUAAUAUAGAGUCACGAUGCGGGAGGUGCAGGAUUUUCUUGAAGAGUGUGAAUUCGUCGACACUUCACUAGCCGGAGAUGAUCUAUUUGAUAUCUUAGAGAGUCUUGAAGGCGCCAGAGAGAUAUCUCCCACCGCUGCAUCUACACCUAAAGAUGGAACUUCAUCUCCUAAGAAGAAGAGGAAAAGACUAGAAACCGAGAAAGAAGAGGAGCAAGAAGAAGAAGACGGAGAAGAAGAAGGAGAAGAGAAUAAGCAAGAUGGGCAACAAAAGAUAUCUCACGUAACCGUGGAGCGUAACAGAAGAAAGCAAAUGAACGAGCACUUAACCGUUUUACGUUCUCUUAUGCCUUGUUUCUACGUCAAAAGGGGGGACCAAGCAUCGAUUAUAGGAGGAGUUGUGGAAUACAUAAGCGAGCUACAACAAGUUCUUCAAUCUUUAGAAGCCAAGAAACAACGUAAGACCUACGCAGAAGUUCUUAGCCCGAGAGUAGUCCCUAGUCCACGUCCUUCACCUCCUGUCCUAAGCCCACGGAAACCGCCUCUUAGCCCACGCAUCAGCCACCACCAUCUCCUUCUCCCUCCUAUAAGCCCUCGAACACCUCAGCCUACAAGCCCAUACGUGGCCCAUCCUCCGCAACUACCACUCAUCCCACAGCCUCCUCUUCGUUCUUAUAGCUCAUUGGCCGGUGGUAGUAGCUUAGGGGACCCACCUCCAUAUUCUCCAGCUUCAUCUUCUUCCUCUCCUUCAGUUAGUAGUAACCGUGAGAGUAGUGUGAUAAAUGAGCUCGUGGCUAACGCUAAGUCGGCUUUGGCUGACGUGGAAGUGAAGUUCUCAGGAGCUAAUGUGCUGCUCAAAACAGUGUCGCAUAAGAUCCCUGGACAGGUUUUGAAGAUAAUCUCUGCUCUUGAGGAUUUGGCUCUCGAGAUUCUUCAGGUUAAUAUUAACACCGUCGAUGAAACCAUGCUAAAUUCUUUCACCAUCAAGAUUGGAAUUGACUGCCAACUAAGCGCCGAAGAAUUGGCUCAGCAAAUUCAGCAAACUUUCUGCUAGUAAAAGAAUGAUUAAAUACAUCAACAUAAACCCUAACAAGAGAUCAGUACGUACUCACUUCCUCUCCUUAUUAUAUAUCCUUUUAAUUAUCUUCAAACCUUUCUACAGUUGUAUGCAUUGAAUAAAUUGGUAUUUAAGAUUGAAAACAAAUAUUGAUUAAGUGUGACUAAUAUAAGUGAGAUUAUAAAGUUAUUAGCUUCAAAUAUAACAGCUUCAUCAGAUGCAUAUGAAUGAACGACAGUGUAUGAGGUUCUAGUGAAUUUUCAUUUA